UUUUGGAAUAGCAUUGGACUCGCACCUGAACACUGUUAGAAGACUGAUUGUGGUAAUGACGUUGACGCGACCCACAACAUACCACUGCAUCAACAUCUCCACACCCCGGAUUGUUGUCAUGAACUGGUUCACCAGGGUUGACCCCGUCAAAAAAGAAGGUCAAGCAAAAGCGUCAGUCAAAAAAUUUCAAGGUCACGUCGAUGAUGGGUAGAAGCCUAGGAUAAUCAUAGGAUCUUGACUUGACCCUUGACUUGACUGGGUCAGAUUUGGGUCACUGACAAAGCCGGUCCGACUCGAGGUCGCCAUUCGGAUGAUUUUUGUUGCAAGUGGUAACAAAAACUGGCGUGUUGUAAUUAUGCCCAUUGGUUCUGCCAUCCCUUGCCUUGGCGGGCGAUUGGCGGGACAAAAAUAAAGAAAAUUCCAGUCGGAAUUAUCCGUGAUGCUGACAAUAUCUGCUCCCAUCUGCCAAACGGCGAGAAUAGUCGGUCCACACCAACGCUCAAACUCCCAAGACUCAACUUGAUCGACUGUCCUAGAUUCACCGACCAAUGAGUCUAAACUACUACUUACUGAUCAAGUAUUCAGCAAUACAACCUACAGAAGUCCACACGUAUGAAUCUACUAUGAUUCAGUCUUUACGGGGGCGGCAUCGUGAGGGGAGCCCCUUGGUAGAACGUUCAAAACGGCACUUAAUUCGCCCACAUUUGGCCCACGAUCAACCACGAAAGGAGCAACGAGAUAGGAAUUAAAUAAUAGGCAUGAUUCCCCGCCGUUUGUUAGUAGACAUUCGUGUCGAACAUUCUUGUACCGGG